AUGGAGAAGAAUUUAAACGGAAGAUUUCUGGGUUUCUUUCUGUGGUGCAGCGUUAUACGCCGAAACGAAGAUGUCAUGACUGUGUGGGUCCCUAUCUCACCUGCAGCAGUCGUGCCGUUUUCGUCUUCAGCUAGGGGACUGUGUGGCGUUUCUAAAGCCCACUUGAAAUGUAACCAAGGCCCAAUACUACGGGCUUCUUUCACUUUCAAUAAAAUUUUGGAGAAGAGCAGAUUCAUGGCGAUCCCCGUAGCUAAACUUAUGAUAUCGGUCUUCAUGCUUCUCUCAGCUUCUUCUGCGACCACGGAAGUACCUUUCAUGCUUGUCCACAAGAAAGCGAGUCUUAACAGACUCAAAUCUGGCGCCGAGCACGUUUUGGUUUCCAUCGACAUCUACAACCAAGGGUCCUCGUCAGUUUUCUCCUUCUCCCUUUAUUUCCGAUUCUGA